AAGCACAUGUCGGUACGAUGCUCAUCCAGAUUGAAACGGGCAGGGGCAGGGAUUGAACUCUGAUCCCUGGGUUUUGCAUCGAGAGCUUUUACUCUAUGAGGCUGCCAUCUUGCUCGCUUCGGGUGCACUCGGGCGCGGCCAUACAGAGCCGUAAUCCGGAUAAGUUGAAUCUUGUGACAUGUAAAAAUGUGACCAAUCAUGGAAAAUAGGGAAGGGAAGGGAAAAUUUUGCCGGUUUUAGCGGUCUGAGCAUAUCACAAUCUGGCAACGCACCAAUGACGGCGACCUUGGCGCCCCUUGCGGCCAGCGCUGCAACUAGCUCUUCGAGGUCGCGCAUGCGCCGUGGUGGGCAGGUUUCUUUUCGGCUUUCCUGAUGGCCACGCUGGUGUAAAAUAAUGGUUGAGAAAGGAGACAUGGCUCGAAGUGAACAGGAUUUCGCGGACGAGCCUUCUCAGAAGGAUCCGCUCCAGAACGGCGAUGACGAAAAUGAACUGCCCAGUUUCAGUGAUCCCGAGGACUUCGUCGACGACAUCACAGAGGAAGAGCUCUUGGGAGACAUCCUCCAGCACAGGCCUGCCGAGGCGGACGGGGUCGAGAGCGUCAUUGUGGUCGACAACAUCCCCCAGGUCGGGAGUGAACGGCUAGAAAAGCUCAAGAAUGUUAUGAUGAAGAUCUACUCCCAGUUUGGGGAGAUCAACACAGAGUUUAUUCCCGUGGAUGAGACGGGGAAGACGAAAGGGUACAUGUUCCUGGAGUACAAGAACCCCCAGAGUGCACUGGACGCGGUUAAAGUGACCAACGGCCACAAGCUCGACAAGCAGCACUCGUUCGCCGUGAACCUCUUCACUGACUUCCAGAAGUAUGAAAAUAUUCCGGAGGAAUGGAAGGAACCUCAGCCUCAGCCCUAUGUCGACCACGGCAACCUGCGUCAGUGGCUGCAAGACCCGGACUGCUUCGACCAGUUCUGCGUCAUGUACUGUGGUGGGGAGAAGGUGGCCGUGUACCUCAACAGCAAUCCGGAGCCCACUGUCGUCAAAGACAGAGAGCGGUGGACGGACAACCUGGUGAUGUGGUCCCCCCUGGGCACCUACCUGGCCACCUUCCACCAGCAGGGCAUUGCCCUCUGGGGCGGCCCACAGUACAACCAGAUCAUGCGCUUCACCCACUUCGGGGUCAAGUUCAUAGACUUCUCGCCCUGCGAAAACUACCUGGUGACGUUGAGUCCACCGUCGCCGGACACGUUCCACCAGCCGCCGCGAGGUGGGGGCGGAGGACCCGGCGGUCCGGAGGAGGCCCAGGUGGUGAUCAUCUGGGACAUCCGCACGGGCAUGAAGAGACGCAGCUUCACUGCAGACCCAGAAAUGCACACGUGGCCCAUGUUCAAGUGGAGCAGCGACGACCGCUUCUUCGCCCGCCUCACUCAGGACAUGCUGAGCAUCUACGAAACGCCCUCCUUCGGCCUGCUGGACAAGAAGUCCCUCAAGAUACCCGGCAUCAGGAACUUCUCGUGGUCCCCGGUGUCGAACAUCCUGGCCUACUGGGUGGCAGAGGACAAGAACGUGCCGGCCCGGGUGACCCUGAUCGAGGUGCCCUCCCGGGUGGAGCUGCGGGCAAAGAACCUGUUCAACGUGGCCGAGUGCAAGAUGCACUGGCAGAAGUCGGGCGACUACCUGUGCGUCAAGGUGGACCGCUACACCAAGGCCAAGAAGGAGAAGAACGAAUGGAAGUACAGCGGCAUGUACUUCAACUUCGAGAUCUUCCUCAUGAAGGAGAAGCAGAUCCCCGUGGACAGCCUGGAGAUCAAGGACACGAUAGUGGCCUUUGCCUGGGAACCCGUGGGCAGCAAGUUUGCCAUCAUCCACGGCGAGAGUCCCCACAUCUCGGUCAGCUUUUACGGCGUCAAGCCGGGGGCCUCGGCCGUCCUGCUCAAGAAGUUUGAGCGCAAGCAGUGCAACCACAUCUUCUGGUCCCCCGCCGGACAGUUCAUCGUGCUCGCGGGACUCAGGACGAUGAGCGGCUCGCUGGAGUUUGUGGACACGUCGGACUUCACGGUGAUGAACCAGAACGACCACUUUAUGGCCUCGGACGUGGAGUGGGACCCGACGGGGCGCUACGUGGUCACAGGCGUCUCCUGGUGGCUGCACAAGACGGACAACGCCUAUUGGCUGUGGUCCUUCCAGGGCCGGGUGCUGCGCAAGUGCAACAUGGACCGCUUUUGCCAGCUGCUCUGGCGGCCCCGGCCGCCCUCCCUCAUCACGGAGGAGAAGCUGCGCGAGAUCCGCAAGAACUUCAAGAAGUACUCGGAGCAGUUUGACCUCAGGGACCGUGCCUCCAUGACCAAGGCCUCUAAGGAGGUGAUGGAGAAGCGAAAAAAGAUGCUGGAAGACUUCCGAGCCCUGCAAGAAAGGAAGGCCAAGGAGUACAUGAACAUGCGGGAGCUGCGCAUGGAGCUUAGGGACGGCGUCGACACCGACGAGCUGGACAGCAACCUGGAGGACCUGGAGGAGGAGGUGGUGGAGUUCCUCAUCAAGGAGGAAGAGAUCGUGACCGAGGGAGAUGCAGAUGAGGAGUGAGCCCGCAGGUCGACUGCAGCCCUUUCCGCGGGGGCGUGCGUCGAGAGCCAUGUCUCCUGGUGCUGUUGCAGCCGAGGGAAUAAAGACUUGUUUGACAUA